AUGGAUCUCGCUCAUGAUAUCGCAGAACUCACUCAUGGAGAAGGCGAUGUCGAACAAAUACAGGUCAAGAGCCUCAGCCUUCAAGGAGGUGGGGCGAGGCAAAUGACAAGACUAGAGACUAUAUCUGCGAGUUGGGUUAUAUGCGACAGUUGGGCCGGAAUGGCGGGCACAGUAUCUCUCGCCAUUGCCCAAGGUGGUCCGGUUACUUUGGUUUACGGACCUAUCCUCACUCUCAUCUUGAUCGGUGCUUGUGCUCUUACUCUGGCUGAGCUGGCUAGUGUUUAUCCCACCGCGGGUGGACAGUACCACUGGACUUCUAUCUUGGCCCCCAAGUCCAUGAAUCGUGCCUUGAGUUACUGCUGUGGCAUGACGAACGUGUUCUCAUGGAUAGCCAUCUGCACCGGCAUUGCUAUUAUCCCUGCACAACUUAUUGUUGGCAUCGCCCUGUUCUAUAAUCCAGAUUACACUCCACAGGCAUGGCAUUAUUUUCUCAUCUACCAAGCCAUAAAUGGACUUGUAUUAUUAUACAAUAUAACUUUGCUGAAACGAUCCCUUUGGAUUCACGAUGUUGCUUCUUCUUUGUCAUUACUAUUACAUGUCUCGCUCGGUCAUCUUCCAACUAUCAACCCUCUGUCAACGUUUGGGGAACCUUCAUCAAUGAUAGUGGUUGGAGUUCUGGGGGGGGUUGCCUUCUUGACCGGUCUUGUCACGCCUAACUAUAUGUACGCUGGCAUCGACGGGGCAUUGCACUUGGCCGAGGAAUGCCAAAAUGCGAACACAGUGGUACCUCGGGCUUUGAUGAGUACAUUGCUUAUUGGUGAUUUGAAUGCUGUUGUGACCUCUGCUACCGGGGUUCCUAUUUUCGAGAUGUGGUAUCAGGCUACGCGGUCGAGUGUAGCCGCUACAGUCUUCGUCGUUUUACUUUGCUGCGCCGCCGUUUUCGCCCUCAUCGGUGCUCAACAAACCGCUUCUCGUCUGACAUGGUCGCUGGCUAGAGACCGUGCCAUUAUCGGCAGCAAAUGGCUCAGCAGAAUACAUCCAAAGUUUGAAGUACCCGUAUGGGGUCUCAUCUUCAAUUUUGUCAUUAUGUUCAUCAUCGGAUGCAUCUACUUGGGUUCUUCAUCUGCUUUUAACGCGUUCAUUGGCAGUGGUCUGGUGCUCCAGCACAUCUCAUAUGCAAUUCCAGCUGCACUUCUCAUGUAUCGCAAGCGCUCUGAGUUCUGGUUGCCUCGAGAUCGAGCUUUUCGACUACCCUCUGUGGUGGGGUGGAGUGUGAAUGCCAUCACAAUUGGGUUCGCGAUUCUUGUUCUGAUUUUCUAUGACCUUCCGACGGUUCUUCCGGUGACUGGAAGCAACAUGAGGCCUACGUGCAAUAAAUGUCAGAAGAAAGGAAUUGAAUGCUCCGGCCCUGGUCGGAUUCGCUUCUCCACUGGUGUCGCCCAACGUGGACGAUUAAAAGGAUGCACCAUUCCAGUGGCGGACCCACCGCCCGAGCCGUUUGAAGGCAAUGCACAGGCUAUACCGGCGCCACGUAAAAUCAGGUGGAAAAACGACCAGCUGGCGCGUAACAGAAGGAAAAAAGAGAAAUGCGCAGCGACUAGUUUGAACUCAAUUCAAGCAACAAAUUUUCUCACUCCAAGCAACCGAGACACCGGGCCUGCAUGUGCUGAACCCUUAGAGCUGCGUCAAAAUCACCCCGAUGUCAUCGAUGGAUAUGUUGAUCGCCUUUUUGAUGAGGCGCUUAUUCAUGUGCCAGGAUCAAUCCACCGGUGGCUUGCUCCUUUGAAUUCUCAGACCCGCAUGUUGAUGUCGCACUUCUCGGAACAAGUCGCUCCUGUGAUGGUUGUUCUAGACCAUGUUUCCAAUGGCUAUCGAGAUAUUUUACUGCCCCUAGCGUGCGAGGAUGAGCUCUUGCAACGUGCUGUCGGCGUAGUAGCUGCACAACAUCUGGCCUUGAAUAACCCUUCCUAUCAGUCAGUUGCCGAUCGAGGGCGAGCUGCACUGAUAUCACGAUUGUGUCGAGACUCAACGUCACCAGAUCGCGUAUUCAACACCUCUACGUGGGCAACUCUGAUCGUUCUACUAGUUGGAGAGACCAUCACAGGCAGCUCGGAAUAUGGCCACCUUCUGCGAACCUUGAUGUGUUUGGUACAAAAUGCUGACCAAAUUGCGCCCUCUUCAGCGCGCCGUUUUUUAAGCCAACAGACUCACAUGUUUGAAUUUCUCGGUCAACCCUUGCUCAGUGAGAAUCAAGGCGUGAAUGUAUUGAGCUUUCCACUUGAGCACUACCUCGAUUGGACUUAUUAUGACCUUCCUUCGGAUUCUGAACACAGCCAUAUACUCCAUCUUUCCAGAAUGGCUUUCAUCAAAGCUUCUGGGAUCUAUCUCGGCCGAGUGGCGUCUGAUCAUGACCAGUGGCAGCUCUUGGAGAGUUUGAAGCAGUUGGUGUCGCAGAUCGAACCCAAUCAGAUGGGCUCUCAUGCCCUUGUGUGGGUCUGCUUCAUUGCGGCGGCAGAUAGUACAGACCCGGAGCAUCGAAUAUUCUUUGUUGAUCGGAUGAAACGUAUAUUUGCGAAGAUCAAGUUCCAGAACAUAUCUGCAGGCAUCCAGGCACUCCCUGCGAUCUGGUCCCAGCAAGGCUCGUCGCGUUGGACAAAAAACCUUUCACAAUUGGCCCCCACCCUGAUUAUGUGA